AUGAGUCGUGUUUUAGUAAAAUUCGUCCUCACAACAAAAAAGGUAUUCCGCCGUCACACAGAAACAACAACACACAUGGAUAAAAUACUGGCCAACGCGAUGACCUCCUCGGUUAUUCCAGGACAAAUUCAAUCGGACAUGAAACGUAAAUUGGACGACAUUCGAGAUUUACCGAUGAAUUCAACCAUUACUCUCACGGAGGACGAGUCUCAAGGCGCGAAGAUGUUGGAAGCGUUUUCCGUGGACAUUUCGCACCAAGAAGUCGAACGAAUCCUCAUCGAGUUGGAGGAGAUUUAUAAGACCCAACCGGGAGAGUGGCUCCCUAUUCACGGGAUUGGAUCGAUGUUAGCCACGGAUUUAGGGUACGAGGACGAAGACGAAUUCGAAGACGCGUUGAAAAUGACGUUCGAAGAGUUCGUGAAUAAACUACCGAUGAUUGAGUGCAAAGACGUGGAGUCGGAGUUACAACCCGGUCUCGUUCGCAAGUGCUGGCGGUUAAUACCGGAGUUGAAAGCGGAAAACCGGAAACCGAGGUGUUUGAAGCUGGAGUUGAAAGCAAAAUCAGAUUUGUGGAGGAUAUUAAUGCGAGCGCCUGGGUCGUCGAUUGAGAUUCCGGAGAUUGAGUUUUACGCCGGAGGGGAUUUAAAGAGACAAAUCGAUAGCGUAUAUAAUCACCUGUCGCAGGCGUGUUUUAACUUGGAGUCGCACGUGCAACACAUGGCGAGUUGCGCGGCGAACUUGGAGGAGCAACGAGGGAUUUUAGAAACGAUUGAAAGAUUAAGGAGAAUGUUAGAUUUAGAGGAACCAUGCACGAUAGUUAUUCGGUGCCCGACUGGGGAGACGGCGCACGGUGUUGAUGACUGA